AUGGUCAUAUCCGCUAGCGAAUCCGCUAGUAACGCAGUUGCCGAGUCGCCAGUCUGCACAUCUGCCGUCCCCGCAAACGCGUCUACCUCGCCCGCCGCCGCCAUUGCACUUCCCCCCAUCGCGGACGCCGCCACUUCCGCCGAUGGACGGAAGCGGCAGCCGCUGCAGCUGCGCGUGGCGGUCAGCGGGGCAGAAGGGGGGGCGGGGAGGGGGGCGGAUGGGGCAGCGGAUGGGGCAGCGGAGACCAAACCCGUGGCAGGGGCUGGGAAUGAGGGGAAGCUAACUCCCCGCGGAACGAGGCGUGCGGGAAGGAGCGCGAGCGGGGACCUGAGCGGAGGCGCAAUUCGCGCCACUGGCGGAGUGGAAAGUCCUCCAGAGACGGACACGGGCCCGCUGACCUACCACGGGGAAGGGCGGGGGAGCGAUAAGCGGAACCCUUGGGGGGCGAGGCGCGGGGUCGGGGCGAGGGCGGGGGAAGAGGACAGGGGGGAGGGGACAGGCGCGCUCGCUCCGCUGCCGCGGAGCGGGCGGAAGGGGCGAAGGCGGGGCGGGGAAUCUGCGGGUGGUAGCAGAGAUGCGCAAGAGGGGGCGGAGCUGUUCAGACACGCCGCGACCAUUGGCAACGCGAGCAGCAGCGCUACUAAUGGUAGCUUUGCCUUCAAUGCCGCGUCCAAGUAUCGGAGCGUCAGCAUCAACAGCAGCAGACGAGGCACGAGCGCCGGCGCGACGGUCGAUUGGGAUCUCAAUGCCGCUCCCCCCUCCCCCGCCGCCGCUUCCGCUGCUUCCGCCACCCCCAGGAGCUCAUUCCCCAGCAGCUCCACCACCCCCACCGCCGGCGCUGCGCGCGAGGGGCUGUUCGGGAUCCGCGCAGGCGCGCGCAGGCUGUACGAGGCGCGCAAGCAGGCGAAACGGCAGGCGAGUGGCGGAAGCGGCGCAAGUGACUUGGCAGGUGGGGUGCUGUCCAUGGGAAGAGACGUGUGGGAGGCCGCGGAGAAGAACCAGCUCGUGCGGUGUGUGGGGAGCGUGGAGAGGGGGAGCGCGGAGAGGGGGAGCGCGGAGAGGGGGAGCGCGGAGAGGGGGAGCGCGGAGAGGGGGAGCGCGGAGGGGGAGGCCGCGGAGAAGAACCAGCUGGGCAGAUGGGCGGGGAGUGUAGGGCGGGGGAACGCCGAGGGGGGAAGCGCUGAGGGGGAAAACGCUGAAGGGAGAAGUGGCGAAGGGGGCAACCUGGAAAAGGCAAGUGGCGAGAGGGGAAGGGGGGAAAUCGGCUUGGGGGAGAGCGGUGAGGGGGGUUGGGAGGGUAGUAUGAGGCUGAGGGAGGGGAGGGGCGGAGGGGAGGGGGAGGGUGAGAGUGAGAGGGGGCGGGGGAUAUGGAACGAGGUACGGGAUAUGAUGGUGCUGCGAAGGGAGAGAGGGGAGGAGGGAGGCUGGUCUGAGUGGGUUGAUAUAGAUGGGGAGGAGGAGAGUGAAGAGGAGGAUUGGGAGGAGGAGGAAGGAGAGGAAGCAGAAGGGGAAGAGGAGGAGGAGGAGGAAGAAGAAAAGGCGGUGGUGAAGGAGAUUGGAGCGGAGAGCAGGGGGGAUGGAGCAGCACGGCUAGUUCCUGAGGCCCCUCUGGCGCAGCUUGAAGGGAGCGUGGAGAAUUCUGAAACGGCUCAAAAGUCAGUGGAGAGCAGGGGAGAUGGAGCAGCAGAGCCUGUUGCCGCACUCUCUCAGGAGCCGGCUGAAGGGCGCGUUGGACGUAGAGGUUACGAGGAAGUUUCCCGUCUUGAUGAGGCGGAAAGAGGUGGCAAUGUGAGCGGGGAGUGUGGGGAGGUCUGUGAGGGUGAAAGGGGUGAAUGGGAGGAGGAAGAGAGGGAGGGGAGGGGGGAGAGGGAGGAGAGGGAAGCAGAGGGAGGUGAGAAAGGUUAUGGGGAGAAAGGUUAUGGGGAGAAAGGUUAUGGGGAGAAAGGUUAUGGGGAGAAAGCGGAGGAGCUUUGGUUUCACAGGGAGGAAACCGAGGCGGGGCGAGGGGCGGAGGCAGUCAAAGAGUGUGUGGAGCCCCAAAGACGCUAUGAGGAUGGCGAUGAGAGUGUGAGUGGUGGAGCAGCAGCAGCAGCAGAACUAGCAGCAGCAUCAGCAGCAGAAUCACCAACAGCAGCAGCAGCAGAAGCAGCAGAAGAAGAAGAAUCACCAGCAGCAGCAUCCGGGGCUGAAGAGCUAUCGGAGGAGAGUGUGGGGCCAAGUCCACCCAAUUCCACCCCAUCCACUGCGCCUGCUGCGCCUGCUGCACCUCUUGCACCCGAGGUGACUUGUGACUUGACUCAGAAAGCAACGGCUGGCGGGUAUUCGCGCAAGCUCCUCUCCUCCCGCACUCUCAAGCUGGUCCUCAAUCCCUUAUGCUCCCCCCUCGUUGUACCGUACUCCGCGACUGCUUCUAACGAGGAUGCUGGUAAUUCUGCUGCUGCAGCAGCAACUGCUGGUGCUGCUGCUACUGCUUCCGAGGACCAGCACCUGCUGGUGCUCACACCUCCAAGCACCAAGAAGCGCAGCAAAGCCGUCGACUCGAAGAAGCACAAUGAGAAUCGCUCUGUUGAAUCAGCCGAGCCAUCCCACAUGCCCAAGAGCACAGGCACUUUCGAGCCGCCUCAAAAGUCGCCCCUGAGCACACCAACAGCAACUGGGGCACAAUAUGAGCCCAUCUGGUCCCUCACGCCCUCUCACAGGCCUUCCCAGCCCGUCCACACGCCCGUGAGCACAGGAACCGUGCCACCAUACACCCUUCUCUGGCCUCUCACUCCCUCUCUCAAGCCCUCUGAUUUCACUCUCGCACCACCGAUCCCUGACACUGAUACACUGUAUGAGCCCAUCUGGCCCCUCCCUCCUGCUGGAUCCAGGCAGCGCAUGAAGAGCAGCGGUACUGAGACGGGUCACACUCAGACCCGGCCGAAGAGCAGCGGGGGGAGGGAACGCGGGGCGGAUAGGGUGGGGCAGGGAGGAGGGGGAGUGGGGAAGCAUGUGAAGCGCUCUGAGACACUUGACGCUCUAAGUCGGCCGAAGAGCAGUGGAGGGAGGGAACGGGGAGCAGAUGGCGCGGGGCAGGGAGAAGGAGUGGGGCAGGGUUUGAAGCGGUCUGAAACUGUUGACACUCAAAGCCGGCCAAGGAGCAGCGGUGGGAGGCAACACGGAGCAUGCAGAGUGGGACAGGGGUUUGAGGAUUUUGAGAAGGCUGUGGAGUGGUUGGAAGGGCAGAGUGGUUUGGAGAAUUCUCAGCAGCACUCGCAGGGAGAGCAGGGGGGGCAGGGGUUUAUUGUGAGGCGGAGGCAGCUGGGGAAGAGCAGUGCAGGGAGGGGAGGAGAGGUAGGGGGUGUGGGGUGGGGAUUGAGUGGCGAGUUUCCGUUGGCGGGAGAAGGUAGGAGGAGGAGGAGCACGGGUGGUAGUGGUUUGGAUGGUGGGGUUGGUGCUGUUAAUAGCACUGAUGCAGCAGGGCUUGACACGGCAGGGAUCGACACAGCAGGGAUUGGCACAGUUUUGGUCGAAGCAGUACCGAGGGGAGAAUGCGUGGAGGCACCUUUAGAGCGAGGCAUGCUGAAUGCACCGUGUGCCUUGGAACCACAAGCCCCUGCUGCUGUUCACACACUUCUCAUUCCCACACCUGAAGUUCCCACACCUGAGAUUCCCACACCUGAGAUUCCCACACCUGAGUUUCCCGCACCUGCCAGUCCCGCAUCUGGCAUUCCCACGCCUGCCCUUCCCACACCUGCUAUUGUCACACAUGCUGUAGGAACGCCCACACACACCGCCUGCAAUCCUGCUGCUAUGCCCGCUGCCCUCCCUGUGCUGCCUGUCGAAGAACCGCCCACCACCACGCGAAACCUCUUCAGACCGUCGGUUUCUGUCAACGACCUGUCAGCCGCAUCCGCCUUCCCCAAAUGGGCUCUCACUUGGAAGACCGCUGUGCGGUCGCCCCUGCGUGGGGCCAACACUCCACCCGCUCCUCCCAAGACUGCAGGCAAGACGUUUGAGAGCUCUCAACAGCCGCCCCUGCCUGUGACCAGCGGCACGUUGGGCUUCUCUUCCGGGCGUUAUUCGGGUUUCUCCUCGUGGAAGAGUGUACUUCGGCGGAACACGCACAGCGACUCGCUGGCGCCGGUGGCUUCGGACGGGCCGAAGGACGUGUGGGAAGCGGCAGAGAAGGAGCAGCUGGGGGGGUGGAGGAGCCGGUCCAGGGGUGCGCGGAAGAGGAGCAUUAUGGAGGCGGCUAGACGGAGCCUGAGCGGUAGAAUUCUGGAUGGUUUGAGCGGUUUGAGUGGCAGAGAAUUGGGUGGGAGCGAUUUGAGUGGCGGGGGAUCGAGUGGCAGGGAUUUGAGUGCGAGGGAUUCGAGCGGCGAGGAUUUGAGUGGCGGGGAUUUGAGUGGCGGGGAUUUGAGUGGCGCAGAUUUGGGUGGCGGGGAUUUGAGUGGCGGGGAUUUGAGUGGCGGGGAUUUGGGUGGCGGGGAUUUGAGUGGCGGGGAUUUGAAUGGCGGGGAUGUGAAUGGCGGGGAUUUGAAUGGCGGGGAUGUGAAUGGCGGGGAUUUGAAUGGCGGGGAUGUGAAUGGCGGGGAUUUGAAUGGCGGGGAUGUGAAUGGCGGGGAUUUGAAUGGCGGGGAUGUGAAUGGGAGAGGGAGUAGAAGCCUGCAUGAGACAGGGAGUGGGGGGGUGGAGGGCGGAGCAGCAGCGGGAGGAGGGAUCGAUGAUGUGAUAUUGAACGGCGGGGAGCAAGGAGAGAGCUCCUCUGGUGUACCUGUGGGUGGGUUGCAUAGCAGGAGGCACACUGUCGAUGGUAUUGGGCCUGCUCUUAGCAAGUACGGCAAGUCUAAGGAGAAUGGAAGCCGGGUGAGCAGGAUUCGGCGGGGAGUGUUUGGGUUAGCCAGGAGCAGCAGCGGCGACAACGCUUCUACUGCUCAAACGGGCAGCGGGGGGGAGUUGCAGGCAACGUUGGUGCCAAGGGCACUGUCAGAGAGCAGACAGAGGCAUGGCAGGAGCGGCAGCAGGCUGAGGGCGUGGGGGUUCAGGUCGUGGGGUAGCGGCCGCAAGAAGGAGAGCCUCUCUGGGGGAGUUGAGGGGCCUAUUGAAGCUCCUUUUGAGGCUCCUUCUGAGGCUCCUUCUGAGGCAUCUCAAGGCGCGCCGGUGGAGGUGAGGGAUGAUGUGUGUGGGGACAGCAGGGUAUCGAGCCAGCACGACUUGAUGGUGGAUGGGAGAAAGGAUGGCGGAGGAGACAAUGGCACGAGCAGCAGUGGCGGGAGUGCUCUCGAGCUACGUUGCUUCAGUGGCAUUGGUGACGCCAUUGGUGACGCCUUUGGUGACGCCAUUGGUGACGCCAUUGGUGACGACUCGCCCUCUGGCAGCCCUCAGGGACGCCAAAAGGCUUCAGGUGGAUCUUCGGGUGAAACUUCAGGUGGUGGCGUGCUGUGGAAUCCGUACAGUGCGGAGGGCAGGCUGGAAGAAAUGCCGAGGUUUGUCUCGGAGUGCAAGUCUUCCGGGUUGGAAUAUGAAGAGGAGGGGGAGGAGGCGGAGGAAUUUGAGGGGGAGAGGGGAGUGGGGGGGCACCUGGGUGUGGCAUGGAGCUGCCCUGUCCUCCUGCCUGAUGCGACCCUUGGAGUGCCACCAGUGAUGCACAGCCUGGUGGAAAGGCAGGAGGAGGAGGGGUGUGAGAGCCAGCAGGAUGUUUACAUGGGGCAGCCGGGGCGGCAGCAGGGGAAAGAGCGUGGGAUGCUGCAUGAGGUGGCGGGUGCGAGGGCUGUUACAUUUGCGAGAAUGGAACCAUUGCACGAGGGUGAGACACUGGACGGGAGUGAGGGAGAGGCAAUGGAGGGGUGUGAGAAUGAGGAUGUAUUGGGUUCUCAGAAGGGGGCAGACGGGAGAGCGUCAGAGCAAGGUGAGCGGGAUCAGCAGAAGAGGACAAGGGCUGCUACCCUUCUUGUUGCAGUGGAGCCGUUCAGACAGCGUGUGCAGAAGGCCAUGCAGGGGCAGCUGGCGCAUGAAUUCCUCUUGCUCUCUCGGCCAUUUUCUCCCAACCCACCAUCGCCCAUCCUGCUGUCUAGCUAUCAUCCAGCUAUCGCGUUUUACUAUCACCCAGCCGUCGCCUCUCCCUCUUAUCCCGCAGUCGCCCCUCCCUCCUACCCCGCCGUCGCCAUACCCUCCCAUCCCACCGCCACCUCUCACCCCGUCGUCGCCUCUCACUCCCACCCCCCUGUCGCCUCCCUCUCACUCCCCGCCAUCGCCACUCCCUCCCAUCCCGCCAUCGCCACUCCCUCCCACCCCGCCGUCGCCACACCCUCUCUUAUCCCGCCGCCGCCUCUUCUCCCAUCCCGCCGCUGCCACUCCCUCCUAUCCCGCCGCCGCCUCUCCUUCCUCCCCGCCGUCGCCUCUCCCUCCUCCCCGCCGUCGCCUCUCCUUCCCUCCGCCGUCGCCUCUCCUUCCCUCCCCGCCGUCGCCUCUCCUUCCCUCCCCGCCGUCGCCUCUCCUUCCGUCCCCGCCGUCGCCUCUCCUUCCCUCCCCGCCGUCGCCUCUCCUUCCCUCCCCGCCGUCGCCUCUCAUUCCCUCCCCGCCGUCGCCUCCGGCGACAGACGGAGCGCGAGGGAGAGUGAGUGCACGGGAGCGAACGCGCAGGAGAGUGCGCGAGAGAGUGCGCGAGAGAGUGCGCGAGAGAGUGCGCGUGAGAGUGCGCGUGAGAGUGCGCGUGAGAGUGCGCGUGAGAGUGCGCGUGAGAGUGCGCGUGAGAGUGCGCGUGAGAGUGCGCGUGAGAGAGCGCAUGAGAGUGCGCGUGAGUGA